AUUUAUUUGACUUAUAUUUGACGUUUUGUUUAUAUUUCGAACACGAGAAACGAGAGUAAAAACACAUUGUUGUUAAUCCAACAUUGAUUUUUUUAAGCUAUUGCAGCAUAUAAAAAACAAAUAAUGGCAAAGCAAGGAACUCUGACGAAUUUUGUUGCAAGCUUGUACCACGACGAAUUCAAAUGGGCUCUUGUAAAAUCAAUUGGUUUAUUCGCUCUGGGAAUAAGAAUUGCACAGGAGUGUAUAGGAAUGGAGCUGCUACCUUCUCAAGGGGGAUGAUCUACAGCUUAUUGUCA